AUGGAGGUAAACUGGAGGCAAAUCCUGUCCGUGAGUCCCGAGAAAAUCGACGAUGAGGACAAAAAGGAUGAGAUUUUCGAGGAAAUCAUUCGCAUUUCCGAUUACGACCGCUUCGAUGGAAAGAACUACAGGAAGCUCUUUAAACUCUGUCAGCAUUUGUUGCGCUACAAAGGUGAGCAAGUCACUUCCCUCCUGGCAGAACUGGACGCUCUGGCGACUAAAGAGGCAGAGAUGGAGAUUUUGGGUACACCGGAAUACAAAUCGCUAGAGGCCGAGAACACAAAAUUAAGAAAGCAAGUUGAGAGAUUGGAGUUUUCCAAUUCUCAAUCGAAGGGAAAAAUUAAGGAAUUGUCUGAAGAGAUUGUGGGACUGCAAAAGAAGUAUCAAGACAGUCACUUUGGUAGUGAAAGAGAAGAUUCUCCAGAUGCUCUGUCAGAUUUGGACAGACAGCAAGAAUUGCUGAGUAACAUCAGUGCAAAGAAUAAGCACAUCAAGCGUCUUCUCAGAGAUAUUGAAUCUCUGGAAAAAGAGUCCAGAGGACUCAAGGAGCAAGUUCAGGAACUACGACGUGGUCUGGAAGAUGCCACAGCCAGUUUAGCUUCCGUGACAGACAAAUAUGCUGAGGCGAAGUUCAAGAUUAAGGAGCAGAACGAUCUGAUAGAAGCUCUGGGAGUGAAAGCUAAAGAUCUGGAGAGUGUCAAUGGAGAGAUGCAGAAAGAAAUGGAGGAGCGCGAUAAUGAAAUUGACUCCUUUGGACGGAAACUUGAAGAGCGUGCUUAUGCUUGGAAGAAUCUUAUCGACGAGAAGGAUGCAGAGCUUGAGAAAUUAAAAGAGAAGUACGAGGAACUGUUGGAAAAACACCCUGGCUACAAUAUUGAUGCUGAGAGGAGAGAAACUCGUCGUCUAACUGAUGAACUGAAGACGAAAGAAGAAAGAAUUACUGCCUUGGAAGCUCAAUUAGAGGAAUUCCAUCAGACAGAUACGAAGGAUUCUGACAGAUCAGCUAAAAGUGAGGCAAGAACUGCAAAAUGUUGCGAAGAGACUCAAGCACUCUUGGACAAGACAAAAGAGAAGGUUUCAGAAUUGGAAUUCGCAAUGAUUUCCCUAGAGGAGGACAAUGUCCUGAAGGCGAAGCAAUCUCUGGAAGCUAUAGACGCUCUUAGACAGUAUGAAUCUGGAACUGACGGACUUCCUCAAGCGCUCCUCAAAAUCGCCAGUCUUGAAAGAAAGAUAAAGUCUAGAGACAAACAGAUUUGUACACUCGUUGAGGAAUUAAACACUCUUCACAAUUUGGCUUCUGAGAAUGUGGUGUUGAGGAAGAAGUUGGGCAUCGCUGAGGAUGAAUUUAUCUCCACAACUUCUAUCCAUGCAAAGCAGAGAAAACUGGAGAAGUUGGUAGAACGUCUUCAAUUGAAGCUGAGGGCGUCUGAAGAGAUGCGAUUACAAUUGAAGUUGGAGAAAAAUGAUCUAAAACGAAGAUCGGGCACUAAUUUUGUCACAGGAACUGAGAAUAUUUGUGAGAAAUGCCUAAAGACCUUCACUCCAGAAAGCAAUAUUUGUUCCUCAUGUGUUAGGAGAGGCAGUAAAACCAAAGAUGAAAAGCUAGAAGAGAAUUACAAGACAGUUGUGGAGGAGAAUGAGAAUCUGAGGAUAGGAAUGCAUGAGAUUCUUCAUAAAUUGAGGGAUUACGACGCAUCAUCUGAUCACAUCACUGUAGAUUCAUCGACUUUGGAGAAGCUUUUGCACGCAUUGGACGCCAGAAGUGUCAGUGGAUGGUAUCAUCCUGCCAUGAGGAUGCAGAAUGAAUUGAUAGUUGUAAAGGAAAGAGAACUCGCACUGAAGGAACGCGUGAGAGUGACUCAAACUCAAACUGUGGAGACCAAUAUACCAUCAGGAGUAGAGAAAUACACCCAAACGGACAUCACAGAGGAAAUAUCAACGAACUUCGACACUCUUCUGAGUCACAUUGGAGAGAAGACUCAGGAGAUCGAGGAGUUUAGAGACAAGUGUUCGUCAAUUGCUGCUGAACUACAGCACAAGAUACUCGAGAAUGACUCUAUGAAGCAACAAGGGGAGGAAUUAAAGCAAUUGAAGGAGAUCUUGAGUCUCUCAGAGGAUGACAGAGAUCAGAAUUUGCUGAAGAAGAGUGAGAAUUAUUCAACACUCCAGACAGAACUGCAGACAAACCGACGAAAGCUGGAAUUUCUAAUGGUAGACUUCGAAAACACAUCUGAAGAAUUGAAGACAGAACGAAAAGAUAAAAUUUUCCUUGUCGCAGAACUUGAAAAGGAAUUGACUAAUAGAAGAACGAGGAUUCGCUUCCUUGAGCAAGAAAUCCAUGAGUUAAGAGAAGAUAUCUCCACUCAAGUGUCGGAAAGUGAAUACAAAAAGCUAGAAGGUAAGUUCCAGAAAUUAUCAAAUUUAUCCGCACGAAUGUGUAAGGAUUUCCUGGAAAAUAUCCCAGAGUCUGCGAGUGAUAAUUUGCCCACCAGAGAUUUCGCCAUCGUUGAUAGUAAUGUCAGUGUGGAUCUGGUGACAAGAGAAGAGUUUCUAGAUAUGAAAUAUGAUGCCAGAAAGACGAAAGAUGAGAUUUCCAGACUCAAGAUUGAGAGGAAACAUUUGGAGGAAGUGCUGAAAGUCGCCCAACAGCAGAUCUCUUCACAGCAGGAUUUGCUGACUCGCUAUUCAGAUGAGGAAAUCACAUUGAGACAUCUGGUAGUGGAUCUCCAGUGUUCAGGAAGUGAAAAGCAGUUGAUUGCUCGUGGAGCGAGAGAAAUAGAGAAUCUGAGGGAGUCUGAACAGAAGUUGAAGAAGCAAGUGGAGAAUCUCAAUGCUAAGCUAAAGGAGACUGAGCAGAAAAUACAUGAAGCUGAGGAGGAGAAGAAAUCUCUGCAGGAAGUUUUUACUAAGAACAGGAAGAAUGAUCUCUUGAAGAUUCAAUAUCUAACACAAAGUUUGCAGCUCCUAAAGACAUCUUAUUGCAAAUUUACACCUCUUUUCUUGAUUGAGGAAUUUAUCGGUGUCUUGAGAAGUGUGCUGAUUCUCAGAAAGGGUCUUCAAGAAGAUCAAAGAGUCAAAGAGGAAGUCUUCAUGAAGGAAAAUACUGAGAAAUGCCUACAGAUGGUCAAAGAAGUUCUCGAGAAUGAAGCUAUAGAGGACAAGAUCGCAUUGGUAAGAUGUCAAACUCAUUCUCAAGAGCUCCAAAAACAACUUAGAGAGUCCGAAAAGAAGCAGGAAGAGCUUCAGGGUGAAAUAACAGAGAUGAAAAUUUCAAGUGCUGAAUCAGCGCAACAUUGGAACACUCUUGAUCUUCUGCUGAAGACAAAUGGUUCAAAGAAGAAGACAAUUAAUCGAGCAGACAAGGCAGUGCAAAGUUCUCCAGAAAUGACAACAAAAUCCAUCAACACAGACGCUGAAGUGCCUGAAAAAAUCAUUUUGGAGUCCCCAGCAAUUCCUAAGCUUCUGGACAGCAAUAAAGCUUCAGAAGCUGAGCUGAAGGCAUUGGAAUCUCAGCUAAAGCAGGCCAUGAUACUGGCUUCUACGCGAAGUGCUCUUCUUUUGGAGACAGAGAGUCGCCUGGCGGAGACUCAAGGCAGGAUCAAAGCCUUCGAAAAGGCUGUCGAGGAGAAGGAAAGACUACUGAAGGAGGAGCGCGAGAAGAAUUUGGAGAAUGGCCAGAAAUCUGGCAGGAAAGAUGACAAUAUUCUCAGUAUCACAAUCGCUUCCUUGCAGAAUCUUCUUCUGGAAAAAGACACCACGUUGUCCAGAUAUCAAGAACUAUUGAAGACUGAAAGAAACGAGCAUUCAAAGUCAAGCAGUGAAUAUCAAAGGGAUAUGGAGUCUCUGAAGGCAGAGAUAAAUCAUCUUGCGAGGAGAUUAAAGGAGAAGGAAGCGACUAUUGAGGAUUUAGAGCAGAAAAUGAAGGCCAAAGCCGAAUCUCCAGAGGUUUCUCAGGAACCCGAGAAACUCUUUCUGGACGAUCGGUAUUUGGAUGAGAUGCUGCUGGAUGAGAAGAGAGUUUUGGCUGUUGCUGAUGAGGCCCAGAAGGACCGCAUUGUUGCCCUGGAAACAAGAAUUGCGGAAAAUGAAGAAGAAAUCAGGCGUCUUCAAUUGCAACUUCGUGAGGUCAGCAACAGAGAGUCAAUGUGGGAGAAAAGUCUCACUGAAAAAGACAGGGAAAUCUCUGCUCUCAAUGAGAGAUUCAAUACAGAUCUCAGAGAUUUAUCAGACAACAUUGCUAACAGAAGAGAAAUUGAGCAACUCAGAGAGAUGCUGGAGGAAAAGGAUCGCCACAUAAAUGAUCUUACAGAUACUCUGACACACUUCCACGAUGAUCAGCAGAAGUUCAUGAGCGACGCAACUCUUCACUCUGCUGAUCAGUUAGCACAGCUCAGCGCCGAGUUGAGUAGAGCCGAAGCUUCCAAUAAAGUUCUGAACACCCAAAUUGAAGCUCUAAAGCGACAGAUUACUAAUCUGAGCCAACGAGAGAAGCAAGCCAGAGAAAUGGUGAAGACUCUGAAGAAUCAACUAAUUAGGAGACCAGUAAUCUCCAUAAAGAACGAGAGGAUCACGACGAGGGAAGAGAAUCUACAGAGAAGAAUCGAGCAGCUGCAAAGUGAGCUCGUGGACACAAAAGAGGAGCUCAGAAAGCAGACAAAUCUCGCAGAUAGUCGAAAGGCUAAAAGUGCAUCUGACCUGAAUCUCUGGGAAAAGCAAAAGCGCUGGCAAGGAGUUGCUGAGAAGUUGAAACUGAAGCUGGCAGAGAAGGAAUCGGAAAUUGAGAAGCUGAAGAUUAGCUUCAACACUGCCAAAAGCCAGAUUUCUCGAUUGGAGAUGCGCCUAAAAGGUGGCAGUCGUUUCUGCCACUCUCCUUCCUGUCCACACUCAUUGGCAGGGAAGUACACGCCAGCUGAGAGUCCCGAAUCCGACGAUGACUACGAGGAGGGACACGUAAAAGGUGUCACAGGACUGUCAACAAUUCCACGAAAAGUUGAGGCAUUGGAAGCUGGCCAGGAGAUCAUCGACGCUCUCAAAGCGCGCAUCGAAUCGCAGCAGAGGCGAAUUGUAGCCAUGGAAUUGGAGGGUAAGGGUUCCAGUGCGGUGGCGAGUGAAGUUGAGAAGCUCCAAGAAAGAGUUUCAGGAUUAGAGGCACAGAAUCUGAGGCUGGAGGCCAGAAAUCUUCAAUUGCAACUGGACAAAGAUAUGCUCAAACAGGGAGACGAUGGCGAGCGUCAAAAGAGGCGGAUAAAGCACAUGGAGGAUUAUAUUCUUGUCCUCAAGAAUGAACUGAGUCAAGUGAGUGCCAAGAAUCUAUCUGCAUCGAGUCAGCCUCUCUCCGACUCUCAUCAGACAAUUCUGGCGCUGAAGCGCAUCGUAGAGAGACUAAAAGUGGAGAAUAAGAGCUUGAAAGACACCAGAAUGGCUGGAAAGGAAGUGAUUUCCAAGGAAACAUUUGAGAAAUUAAAGAGUGAGCACGAGAAGAUGCAAAAUCUCCACGCUGAAGCACUGGCCAGAGUGUCUUCCCUUGAAGUUGAGUUAGAUUUGUACACCACAGCUAGAAUUGAAGUUCCAGGAAGAGCAUCAGCGGCAGAUGAUACCUCAGAUGAUGCUGGAAUUCGCGAGAAAUUGCGCCAAAAGACAGAAUUACUGGAGAAGGCUAAGCUUCUUCUGACCAGGGCAGCGGCCAAGGAGAAGAACUUGAGAGAACAAAUCAUCUUCUGGAAGAGAAAAUGUUCGGAGCUCCAAAAUGUGCCCUUCAUCGAAGAGACAAGCGAAUGAUUUUUUUUAUUGUGUGUUUGCGCGUGUUAU